CGGAUUCCUGAAGGACAUCAGAACCGGUGAUUUCUAUAUCCCUCUCUGCCCGCCGUCGCCGUUAUGGCCGUGCGGAAACGUGGCUAUGUCAUCGUGGAAACGGAAGCGCGUCGGGAGCAGCGGCGGCCAUCUUCCCUCCCCCGACGGAACCCUAACGGAGGUUCUCCCCUCCGCCGCCUCCGGCGGUGGCUUCGACGACCCCGGCGCCGCUGACGUUCUUCUCCGCCUCGAGCUCGACGACCCCGAUCCCCUCUCCAUCGACCUCCACCUCUGCUCCGCCGCGCUCCGCCGAUCCCGAUACUUCGCCGCCCUCCUCUCCGAUCGAUGGCAGCGCCCCGGCCGCGGCCCCUGCCCUGGCCUUGGAGGUGCGAUCAGUCACCGCCUCACCCUCAAGGUCGUCGCGUGCCCUGGAAGCCCCCGCGGCCCUUUCGACGCCCAUGUCGCCGUCCUCCGGCUCCUUCACACCCUCGACUUCUCCGGCGCUAUCGGCUCGGUGUCCGACGCUCUGGAGAUGAUCCCGGUGGCUUCGGAGCUCCUCUUCGACGAUUGCAUCCGGGCCUGCGUGCGAUUCCUCGAGGCCGUGCCGUGGACCGAAGAGGAGGAGGAUGGGGUCCUUAAUUUGAUCCCUUUUCUUCGCCGAGAAGAGUCCCAAGACCUCCUUGCGAGGGUUUUGCCUGUGAUGGUGGAAAAAGGGGAUGGAAAGAGCGUGCCAGAGGAAAUGCUACAUGGAUUGAUUGAUUCAGCAACUCGUAGUCAUCCGAAUGUGGCGACCAUCAAGGCCUUCGUUGCAAAGCUACUGAGAGAUUACCCUUCUCGGGAUUCAGUGAGGAGAGUUUUGGAUCAAGCCUUUUUGACGAGUAUGGAGACGGUGAAGGAUUACCUUGGGAAGUAUGCCAGCCCGGACUUUAGAGUUGCUGGUGACAAUGAUGAAAGAGAGGCGAUGCAGAGGUUGAAUCUGCAUGCUGCCGUGGUAAAUGCAAAGCACCUGCAUUGGCUGGUGGAGAGGAUGAUUGAGUUGAGAGUGGCCGACACUGCAGUUGCAGAGUGGAGUGAGCAGGCUGCACUGGCAGCAGACUUGCAGAAGACUUUCAGGGAUGAUGCAUGGAAGAAUAUAGCUCCUGGACUGCUGUCGCUGGUCAUAAAGUCCACAUUCCGAGUGGCCAAAGCAGUUGUUUCUGGGACUACUGUGGCUCCGCGACAGGUGAGGAUGAAGCUUGUGAGAGGCUGGCUACCAGUGCUGAAUGUUUGCCGGGACAUUGUUUCUCCAAUGCCUACAGGUCAAAAAUCGGUGAUCCAGGAACUGGAAGAAACAUUCUUAAGCAUAAUCUCCACGCUGCCAAUGUCGGAUUCUCAAGAACUGCUGCAGCAGUGCCUAAGUUUCUCCACUCGUAAUAUUGAUGAUUGCCCACACUUGAUCUUGGGAUUCAAAACUUGGUUUCGGCGGGCAAACAGGCCUCCAUAUGAUGGUGUGCGUCCUUGAAACAAUAACUACUAGUUAUUACAAGAUCUGUUGUUUAUAUUGUAUCAUCCAAACCGCCUCCUCCAAUUAAAAUUUCUCUGUUAUAUGUUUGUAUAUGAUCCUCCCUUAUCAGACGGUAGAUUUGUGUAUAGUUUUUUCUGUUGACUGGCUGUGUAAAAUAUAUCACAGACCUGAGGGUGAUGCAUUUAGAACUAAUGGAAUGGCUUAAAGUUGAAAAGGUAGAGAGAGACAAACAACUGAUUGUAUUCCAAUCUGAUGCAAACAAUUUUAGGAUUUUAUUUUUCUUUUUCUACA